CCCUAAGCCCCUCCCUCCUCUUCUUAAACCAACCAAACAAACAAAAAAGAAUAAACACACAACAACCCAACCUGUCUUCUUCACAUUCAAACAAAAAUAGCAAGCUAUGUGUGAAGGAUUGAAGCGUGAUUACCAAUUGUGCGAAGAGAUCGGCCGUGGCCGCUUCGGCGUCGUCUACCGCUGCAUCUCCACCAUCUCCGGCGACUCCUUCGCCUGCAAAUCAAUCGAAAAACGCCUCCUCUCCGACUCCACCGACCUUGAAUGCCUCGAAAAAGAGCCCAAAAUCCUCCACCUCUUGUCCGGCCAUCCCAACAUUCUCCAACUUCACAAAAUCUACGAAGACGAAACCUCCCUCCACAUCAUCACCGACCUCUGCGACUCCGGCGACCUCUUCCACCGCAUCACCACUACCACAACCACCUUCUCCGAACCCGAAGCGGCCUCAAUUUUCAAACCUCUCAUCUCCGCUAUAUCGUACUGUCACCGCAUGGGGGUUUCUCAUCGAGAUAUAAAGCCGGACAACAUUAUUUUCGAUUCGCGGAACAAAUUGAAGCUCGCGGAUUUCGGAUCGGCAGAGUGGUUUGGUGGCGGCGGCGGCGGUGAGAGGCGGACGAUGAGAGGGGUGGUUGGGACGCCGUACUAUGUGGCGCCGGAGGUUUUGUAUGGGAGGGAGUAUAAUGAGAAGGUGGAUGUGUGGAGCGCCGGCGUUAUUUUGUAUAUUAUGAUCGCCGGUGUUCCGCCGUUUUACGGUGAGACUGCGGUGGAGACUUUUGAGGCGGUGAUGAGGGGGAAUUUGAGGUUUCCGGCUAGGGUUUUUAGGUCGGUGUCGUCGGAGGCGAAGGAUUUGUUGAGAAAGAUGAUAUGUAAGGAUGUUUCUAGGCGGUUAUCGGCAGAACAAGUUCUGAGACAUCCAUGGAUUAUCAAUGGAGGACAGACCCAAUCAAUGAUUGAUCUCACAUGAAAAUUUGCUUCAAAAACUAAUUGGUCCGACCUUUGAUGUACAUACACCUCCGGCGAAUUUGAAUGGAUGGUUCACAAAUCCCAUGGCUUUUCCUGGAAAAUUUAGAGCCAAAAAGAAAGAGAAAGUCCAAUGAAACUCUGCACCGUGGGAGAGUUGAGGUGUCCUCUUUUUCACCAUGUUUUGGAGAGAAUCUUGAGGAGGGAGUAUAUAUGUAAAUAUACAUGUUUGUGCUUUAUGGUGAAUAAAGGUAACUAUGUAUAUGAGAGAGAGAGAGAGAGAAAAUCAAAUCCUUUGUGUUUUUUUGUAUGAGAAAGUUGAUGGUGAAGUAGAGAGAUUAUGAAUGAUGUUUUAUUUUUGGUAAUAGUGUUUGGAGCACUACUUGUAAUUUUACAAGCAUUGAAUAAUAUCUCAAAAGAGAAGAAUCUUGAUGGAUAUUUGGAAUUA